UCGAUACUGUUUCUCUCCUCCUCCUCUUCCAUUCUACGCUAAACGAGCUCUAUCUCUGGCUCUGUUUCCUCUGUUACCGCUGCUCUUCUCCAAGCGCAACCAUCGACACUUGCCCUGGUGCUCUCGCUUGCAGCAUUUACGGAGACAGCUGGGGUUUCUCGGGAAGCGUCCGGGCUUAACUCCAAGUUACUGACCCGGCUUUCGGCCUCAGAAGCUUUUUUCUUUUUUUCCAUUUGAGGGAGCUUCGGAAGCAGGAUCGCUUUCUCUCUUCUCUCUCUGGCUAUCUUUCUGUCUUCUUGGAGGAAGAGACCUGACCUCAUCAGUGGAACGUGAUAGGUUUUCUUUCGUUCAACCACUCUAUCCAAGCUUGUUCUGGUGUUCCGCUCCUUUUCGGGUAUAAGGUUUGGCGUUUCCUGGUGCAUUAAAAAGAGGAGGUAGGGAAAAAGCUGGACUUUUUCUUGCUUUCCCAGAAGCGGAUGGGGAGGAAAUGACCUUUGGGUCCGGUCUUUCUCUACGAGGCUCAGCUUUUCCGUAACUCGUACCCAAUCCCACGCCAGCACCCUUUUCCUUGGCUUUGUAGGUUUCUUGAAGAAGCCCUUCGAGUCUAGAAGAGCACAGGGGUUUCUCUCUGAGCUCUCUUGAUCCAAGCUUCUCCUUCUCCCUGCUUUACUCUUUUCUUGAGCCCGGAAAAGUUUAAAUUUUUAUAGCGUUUGAGGAAGAGAAGACCGAAAAGUUUGGAUUUUUAUAGUAUUUUCCUGUAGUAGUUUCUUUGUGGUUUAGGGUUUGGGAGUGAAGCGGAGGUCUCCGUCAUUUGCAUGGAUGGGAGAGAAGGGAUGGCAAUGUCCGGGCCGGCGGCCUAUUACAUGCACAGGGGUAUAGGCGGUCCAGCCGCCGGUUCGCAGCAUCCCGGGCUUCAUGGGCCGGCGCCGGGGAUCCGGUCGAUGCCGAACCCCGGCUCGAGCCUGGCUGCGCAGACCUCCGGCAUGGGGACCGGCGGUGGGCCUGUCGGUUCGGCGGCGUUUCAGGUGGAGCCGUUGCCGGUGAUCUCUGCCCUCGGUGGCGGUGGCGUGGGCGGCGGGGGCGAUGUGGGAGUGGGAUCCGGGGAGCCCGUGAAGAGGAAGAGGGGGAGGCCCAGGAAGUAUGGGGUGGACGGGACCAUGGCGCUGGCUCUAUCGCCUCUCUCCUCUGCAACAACCCCGGGGUCGGGGAUGGGCUUGGGCUCAGUCGUUCCUCCUCCGAAGCGAGGUAGAGGGCGGCCACCGGGCACUGGGAGGAAGCAGCAGUUGGCUUUGCUCGGGGAAUGGGUAGCUGGCUCAGCUGGAAUGGGUUUCACGCCACAUAUCAUAACCAUUGCUGUAGGGGAGGACAUUGCAUCAAAGAUUAUGUCAUUUUCACAGCUGGGACCACGGGCUGUCUGUAUCCUCUCAGCAAAUGGUGCUGUCUCGACGGUGACGCUUCGCCAGCCAGCAACUUCUGGUGGCACAGUUACAUACGAGGGCCGUUUUGAAAUACUCUGCCUGUCUGGCUCUUAUAUGUUGACUGAUAAUGGAGGAUCCCGGAGCCGGAGCGGUGGUUUAAGUGUAUCUCUUUCUAGUCCUGAUGGUCGUGUGAUUGGUGGUGGGGUUGGUGGAUUGCUUAUAGCUGCAACUCCUGUCCAGGUGAUUGUUGGAAGUUUCAUUUAUGGAGGAUCAAAAGUGAAGAGCAAAACUAAGACCAUCCAAGAACCAGGUGUUGAAUCUGAUCAUUCAAUAGGGGAUAAACAGACACCAUCCAAUACACUGCCCAAUCAAAAUCUUGCCCCAUCUGUCAUGGGAGGAUGGCCUGGUUCAAGGCAAAUUGACAUCAGAAAUGCUCACAUUGAUAUUGACUUGACCCGAGGCUAGCUCAUGCUGGUUUGUUUAUACCUAGAUGGGUGGUGUGUGUAUAUGGCGUUUGUAGUAUGAUUGGGGAGCUUUAGGUAAAAUUAGCAACAUUCUGCGAGUCUUACUGAACUCACAUUUUAAUCCUGCUUUAUCUCAUUUUGUACCAACUUCAUUUUGCAGAAGAUAUCAACCAUUUGAUGCUUUUUGUGGGAAAGUCCUUUUGGUUUCCUCCAAUUGUCAUAUUUAGCAUUAUGUAUUGCCUGUACAUUGCUGGUAUGCCGUCUUCUACUUAGGUUUCAUGCCAGAAAUUGAUCAUUCGAACUUCCAUGUCUUUGGUGGUCUCUGGCAGCAGGAAAUUUUUGAGAUUGCGAAAAUGUGAUGACAAGCCUUUUCUGUUUGUGUUGCUUGUAUCCGUUUGAGUGGAUCUCCAAUCAAAUAAUCAGUCAAAACGUUACAUGUCCAAUAUUCAGGGCAUAUUGCCCAUUAACUUUUGAUUGUUUUGACUGGAUCCAGUGGUUGAUUGGUGUUAUUAGUCAUAUGUUUUGUCAUUUUGAUGUAGUCUAACUAUUUAAAUUUGGUCAAAAAUGUCUGUUUCUGAUGGUAUAGAAACCCGCUUUGUUUUGAUA